AUGGAUCUUGUCCAGAGUUAUGAUGAUGAAGUGUCCUUGAUAUGGAAAGGAGCAAUGUCCAAAUACAAAAGUACUCUGGGACUUCUGAAGAUUGUUGAUCUCGCUAGCAACAGAUUAAGUGGAGAGAUUCCAAGUGAAAUUGCUCAACUUUCUGGUUUGGUUUCUUUAAAUUUGUCGAGAAACCAAUUGACAGGCCAAAUAACUCCAGAGAUUGGAAAGUUGCAGUCGUUAGAUUCUCUUGAUAUUUCCAGAAACCAGAUAGAUGGUGCAAUUCCAACAAGCCUUGCUCAGAUUGAUCGACUUGCUUACUUGGACCUGGCAUAUAACAAUUUGUCUAGCAAAAUUCCAACUGGUACGCAGCUCCAAACCUUUGAAGCAGCUUUUGUGGGAAACCCUCAACUCUGUGGACCUCCACUACAUUCGUGUUCUCAAGAAGAAGCAAGUCCAGUGAAAGCAAACUUGGAGAAUCAAGAAGAUAAGAAAGAGGUAAUGUCGACACUGGGAGAUUACACCAGCAUGGUGCUUGGGUUUGUCGUUGGAUUUUGGGGUGCUUGUGGCAGCUUGAUCUUCAUCAGGCCAUUGAGAUAUGCAUACUUUGACUUCUUCAAAGCUUUGGGUGAUUGGUUCUCUCUGAGCCUAGCUUUGAUCAGACGGUGGGCAAUGAAAUAA